GAGGAGGGGCUGGCCAGCCGGAUCAUCGCCCUGGGGCCUGCCGGCGCCCAGUUCCUCAGCCCCGUCAUCGUGGAGAUCCCACACUUUGCCUCGUAUGGGCGUGGAGACCGUGAGCUGGUGGUGUUGCGCAACGAGAACGGCUCCGUCUGGAAGGAGCAUCGCAACCGCUAUGAGGAGGACUACAUGGACCAGCUGCUCAAUGGCAUGGACGAGGAGCUGGAGAGCCUGGAGGAGCUGGAGAAGAAGAGGGUCUGCCGCAUCAUCACCACGGACUUCCCUCUCUACUUCGUGGUCAUGUCCCGGAUUUGCCAGGACUGUGAUAUGAUUGGCCCUGAGGGAGGAUGUUUGAAAAGCACACUGGUGCCCAUGGUACAGGCCACCUUCCCAGACACUGCUGUCACCAAGAAAGUGAGGCUGGCCCUGCAGGCGCAGCCUGUGCCCGACGAGCUGGUGACUAAGCUGCUAGGGAACCAGGCGACAUUCAGCCCCAUCGUCACAGUGGAGCCACGCCGGAGGAAGUUCCACCGGCCCAUCGGCCUCCGCAUCCCACUACCACCAUCCUGGAAGGACAAUCCCCGAGACAGUGGCGAGGGUGACACCACCAGCCUACGCCUGCUCUGCAGUGUGAUCGGGGGGACAGCCCAAGCCCAGUGGGAAGACAUAACAGGCACCACGAAGCUGGUCUAUGAGAAUGAGUGUGCAAACUUCACCACCAAUGUGUCUGCCAGGUUCUGGCUGGCAGACUGCCCGCGCACAGCCGAGGCCGUGCACUUCGCCACAAUUCUGUACAAGGAGCUGACAGCUGUGCCCUACAUGGCCAAAUUCGUGGUGUUUGCCAAGAUGAAUGAUCCACGGGAAGGGCGGCUGCGCUGCUACUGCAUGACUGAUGAUAAGGUUGACAAGACUUUAGAGCAACAUGAAAACUUCACUGAGGUGGCCCGCAGCAGGGACAUUGAGGUGGUAGAGGGGAUGCCUUUGCACGUCGAGCUCUCAGGGAACCUGGUGCCUGUCAAGAAGGCCACUCAGCCCCGCACCUUCCUCUUCCAAUCCUUCCGGGAGAACCGUCUUGCCAUCCCCAUAAAGGUUCGGGACAGCAGCCGGGAAGCCAGCGGCUCCCUGUCUUUCUUGCGCAAGGCCAUGAAAUACGAGGACCUCCAGCACGUGCUCUGCCACCUGAACAUCAGCAUACCACCCUGCACCAAGGGGAGCGGCAGUGAGGAGCGGAGGAGAACCCUGACGCCCCUGUCUCUGCGGGAGCGAUACAGCGUCCUAAGCGAGACCAGUUUUGGCUCUCUGAGCAGCACAGACAAGGCAGACCAGAAGAUGGUUGACAUAGCAGAACAGCUGGGCCUCAGCUGGGCUGAGCUGGCACGUGAGCUGCAGUUUGGGGUGGAUGACAUCAAUAGGAUACGUGUGGAAAACCCCAACUCCCUGCUGGAGCAGAGCUUAGCCUUACUCAACCUCUGGGUCAGCCGUGAGGGCAAGAGUGUCAAGAUUGAGAGUCUGUACACGGCGCUGAGGAACAUCGACCGCAGCGAGAUCGUCAGCGCGCUGGAGGGCGCUGGGCGGCAGAGCCGCAGCCUGAAGGGCAGCUGGCGCUACGCAGACAGAGACUACUCCCUCUCUCCAUCCCAGAUGAAUGGUUACGCUUCGCUGCAGGACGAGCUGCUGUCCCCUGCCUCCCUGCAUUACACGCUGCCAUCCCCGCUGCGUGCCGACCAGUACUGGAAUGAGGUAGCCAUCAUGGAUGCUAUCCCCAUGGCUGCCACCGAGCAGGACGCCCUGAUGGAGAUGUCUGACAUGCAGGUGUGGUCCUCGGGGCUCACACCCUCGCUGGUGACUGCUGAGGACUCCUCUCUGGAGUGCAGCAAGGCUGAGGACUCGGACGCCACAAGUGAAGGCCGGUUCCUGGGGCAGCUUCUAGCAGAUGCACAUGGCCCAGACCACAUGGGCUCUAUGGACCUGGUUGAGGAUGACACAGUGGACUCAGAUGCCAUGAAUGGCCUGAUUGACCUUCUAGAGCAGGAGGAGGGGCAGAGGCUACAGGGGAAGAUACCCACCGGUGAUCACCAGCCAGGGACUGGGGAACAGGACCCAGAGAGUGAAGUCUCUUUUGUUUCAGUUCAGCAGAAGGUGCAAGCCAGGAUCACAGCAUCACCUGCCAUUAGCCAUGUUGUGGAGAAGAGUACAGACAGGCUGAGGGACUGGAAUGCAGAAGGCUCCUUUAUCUCCUGCCUACAGGACCUGACAGCGGGCUCCUGGCAGGAGGGGGUCACCCGAAGGCAGCUCCCGACGCACACCAUGGCCUCCGGGCCUCAGGGCCAGGAGCAAGAGCAGGUCUUGGUGCCGGCCGUGGAGCUGAUGCGGGUCAGCUCCGCAGAGGACAGCGACUGUUUUGCCCUGCAGGGGGCUGGCAGGAGGAGGCAGACAGACGCUUCUUUGGGCAG